AUGAAUUCUUGCUCUGGCAAUCGAAUGGCCCUCAUCCAUUUCGCCAUAAUCCUCGGUCUGAUCAACUGCACGGGCAUUAUACUGAUGAACGUGAGCUGCCUAAUCGCAGGCGUAUGGCAAAUGUUGGCUGGGUUCAUAGUGAUCGUGUGCGAGGCGCCGUGCUGCUGUUUCUUCAUUGACUACGUACAGACUCUCUCUGAUAGGAUCGAGACACGCCCCUACUGGAACAAGGCUGCUUUGUAUAUUGGGUUGGCGCUGCCUCCGUUCUUCCUGUGCUUCUUAAGUAUGAGCACUUGGUUCGGUAGCGGUCUCAUUUUUGCCACCGGUAUCAUAUAUGGCAUGAUGGCACUUGGCAAGAAGGGCUCGCGGGACGACAUGGCGGCCAUGGCGGCGGCCGGCUCGCCGCCCGGCGCGCCCGCGCUCGACCACAGCGCCACGCUCAUGGAGGACCCCGACGUGUGGCGGGCGUCCAUCGACGACAUGCGGACGUCGGCUGCGAACCUGGAGGCCGGGCAGCCGACCACCGCGCCCCGCGCCAACCUCGUCACCAACGAGCAGCCCUUCAGCAUCACCGGCCCACCCGCCUACUGA